AUGCGUCUCCUCAACACCACAACCCUCGCCCUCCACACCUUUUUCGACAAGGCUGUACCAGAUUAUGCAAUUUUAUCUCAUAGAUGGGAGGAGGAGGAAGUCACGUUUCAAGACCUUCAAAGUGACCGAGGAUCAAGCAUGCCAGGAUUUGCCAAGAUCGUGGGCUGCUGCGCGCAGGCAAAGUCUGAAGGCUGGGAGUAUGUCUGGGUCGACUCCUGUUGUAUCGACAAGAGCAGCAGUGCCGAACUUUCGGAGGCAAUCAACUCAAUGUUCAAAUGGUAUGAAAACGCGAGAGUAUGCUAUGCAUAUCUGUCAGAUGUCAAUGGCCUGGAAAAUAUACUGAAGCAGCUUGAAGAUAGCGCUUGGUUCACACGAGGCUGGACAUUGCAAGAAUUGCUCGCCCCUGAAACUGUAGUGUUUUUCGACCGAAACUGGGUGGAAAUCGGAACUAGGAGCAGCUUGGAAGAUGUGAUCUCCCAGAUCACUAAGAUUCGUGCCAUCUCCGCUUGGCAAGAAUGUUGUGUCGCAGAGAAAAUGUCAUGGGCGUCUCGUAGAGAGACAACAAGAGUAGAGGAUGAGGCAUAUUGCCUGAUGGGACUAUUUGAUGUCAACAUGCCUUUGUUAUACGGUGAAGGCAGAAAAGCCUUCCAAAGGCUACAGCUAGAGAUUUUGAAGUCGACCGACGAUGAUUCGAUUUUCUGUUGGUGCGACCGUAAGGGUAGCGGAGAUCUGCUUGCUCCUAGGUUGGAAGCAUUCAAGUCGUCUUCUGAAAUACGGCAUUGCUAUAAGGACGAUUCUUCCUUGAGCUCAUUGUCUCUCAGUUCAUCAGAUCUCUCCAAGAGAGCCCUUGAUCAGGCUAAGGCUACCCGGAAUUAUUUUCGAACAAAGCCGUACCCUACGACGCUGUCAAACAAGGGCUUGCACAUAUCGCUCUUCCUCGUCCCUGUUGACCUGUUGGACAUCGAAGCACACAGAUUCAAGUCAGGCAUCGUAUUCGCUGCGAUUUUUCAAGGCUUAAGGUCUGGGGUUCAACAUCGAAGCCCUGCCGUACUUCUUAGAAGGACUAUCCACGAGGACAGAAACAACGAUAUUCAAAACUGGACAUGUUCCCGAAUCUCGAGUGACCAAUUAUUCACUUUUGACAUAUAUGAAGUAAGAUCUAAAUGCGAAGCCUGGAUCGAAAAGCUUCGGCCUCCAAUAGUCUCUAAAUUCUUACCAGCCAGCGAAUCUGACGACCGGUAUCCGAAAUCCAGAAUAAUCUAUGUGAAAGGAUCUUCGCGAAAUUCCACAAUGUGCAACUCCGCAUACGACGCGCGGUACGAUAUCCUGAUUGAUACACGAUUACUCCAAGCAAGAUCUUUCGAAAUUUCACGACCAGUGCCAUUCAUUGAACGAGAAGAUCAGAUAUCUUCAAAUAUGCUGGCUUGGAACGAGCAAAGUAGCUCAUUUCAACUAACCUUCCGUGCAUGGACUCAUCGUGGGCCUCAUUAUUUCCAUUCUUACUUCACAAACCACAAAACAAAAGAGACUCUCUUGUAUAUUGUGUUUGUAGAUCCCGGUCGGGUGUCUCUUGCUCUGCUUAAGCUCGACACUGUCCAAGAAUUCAAGAACCUUACAAUUCCUAGUUUGUUGGAUGAAAGAACUACGAAAGUGGGUCAUCAAGCCUUCGGGGUUGACCGCGUCUCUGUUUGGCUGAACGACAGAUCGACAGUGUUCGCAUCUAUCCAGCGCACUAGCGCAGUGCAGGGUAUCAGGAAAUAUGCUGCAAACUUCGUUGUGGAAGACUAUGGGCCUACUCUCUGGUUGCCACCCUCGAGAUAUUCGUCACUGAUAUCUUAUUUGGCUCAGAGAAUAGCAGAUAGAGAUAAGGACACUGAAGCCCUUCAAAAGUACUCGAGAGCUCAGAGGCAAGGUCUGAAAUAUUAA